AAAGGAAAAGAAAAGAAAAGAAAAGAAAAUAGAAGCGGAGAGAGAGAGAGGGAGACAGAGAGGAGAGAAAGCAGUGAGGGACGCCUUGUAACUUGUAUUGCUGUUUGCUACAUUGUCUUUCCUCUAAAACCAAAACCCAAAACCAAAACCAAAAAAGAUUCAGCCCCCACGUCUAUCACUCUAUACUCAAAUUGGCCGGGCUGCCUUUCUUUCAUCGAAAGCCUAUUUCCUUGUGUUUUCACCACCAUCUUUUCUUUUUCCCUUUCCUUCUCUUCAAUAUAUCAAUAUUGCAUGCUUUGAACAAACCUUUUUUUUGUUUUGUUUUUGUUUUCAGCAUCCAUCUGUAUAAUCCCUUAUGUUAAUUCUUUGAAACUUUGCUUCUUCUUUUCUUUAUUAUUCCUUGUUUGGUUUUUCUUAAUGGGACCCAUUAGAGGCUUCAAGAGAAGAAAGAAAGCAGAGAAGAAGGUUGACCAAAAUGUCUUCGAUGCUGCUUCUGCUUCUGCUUCUGCUUUGUCUUCACUGCAGCCCCAAUCUCAGCGCCCUUUAGAUUGGUGGGAUGACGAUUUCUCUAAAAGGAUUACUGGUCCCUCUUCAGAAUCAAAUAACUCGAAGAAAUUUGAAUCUUUUUUCAAAAUAUCGAGAAAGACAUUCAACUAUAUCUGCUCCCUUGUGAAGGAAGACCUGAGGGCCAGGCAAUCAAACUUCACUGGUUCAAAUGGGAAGCCAUUGUCUGUAACUGACCAAGUAGCCGUGGCUCUUAGGAGGCUCAGCUCUGGAGAAUCAUUGUCAAACAUUGGCGAUUUGUUGGGGAUCAACCAAUCAACUGUUUCUCAAAUAACCUGGCGAUUUGUGGAAGCAAUGGAAGAAAGAGGCCUGCACCAUCUUUGUUGGCCUUCCACUGAAGCAGAGAUGGAAGAGAUUAAGUCCAAUUUUGAGAAAAUAUGUGGGCUGCCUAAUUGCUGUGGUUCAAUCGACACUACCCACAUCGUCAUGACUCUGCCUACAGUGGACCGAUCAAAUGAUGUAUGGAUUGAUCGUGAGAAGAACCAUAGCAUGCUCUUGCAAGCAAUAGUGGACCCUGACAUGAGAUUCCGUGAUGUAAUUGUUGGGUACCCAGGAAGUUUAAGCGAUGCACUUGUGCUUCAGAACUCGAGUUUCUACAAGCUAUGCGAGGAAGAGAAAAGGCUAAAUGGGAAGAAAAUAGAGCUUCAGGAAGGAAUGGAAUUGGGGGAGUAUAUAAUUGGGGAUUCAGGUUUUCCCCUAUUGUCGUGGCUUCUUACUCCUUAUCAAAAUGCACUCUCAGACCAUCAGGCUGAGUUCAACAAGCGACAUUCUGAAACUCAAGUUGUAGCACAGAUUGCAUUAGCAAGGCUGAAGGAAAUGUGGAGGAUAAUCCAUGGAGUAAUGUGGCUGCCUGAUAAGAAUAGAUUGCCAAGGAUUAUUUUUGUUUGCUGCUUGUUGCACAAUAUUGUUAUUGACAUGGAGGAUAAAGGGGUCGAAGAGCUUCCUUCGUCUCAUCGACAUGACACAGAUUACCGGCAACAAAUUUGUGAGACUGUCAACAAGACAGGCAUUGCUGUGAGAGAUAACCUUUCUCUCUUCUUUUCAGGAAAAUUAUCACCUUCUACUCUUUCUUCCUAAAUAGUGGUUAUUAUUUACUGGCCCAUGUAGACAGAGCUGGAUGCCCUUUGCCUAAUUUGUUUAACAAAAGCUCUUGUGAAUCCUGUGAUGUUAAUUCCUAUAGGGUAACCAGUUCAAGUUGUAUUCAGAAGUUAAUAAGUUCGAAUAAUUAUUUACAUAAACAGUUUUGAAUCUCGUGAAA